AUGAAAUUUUUGAAGACAGCAGUCACUAUUCCUGCUGUCUUUGGCAAUGAGAUUAACUUCGACCCGUCGAUGUGCGAUGGCACCGAAAUGGCUACGACAAGAGAAUAUCGCCCAGUUUGUGGUACAAACGGAGAGACCUUCAGCAACCCAAGCGUCGCAAAGAUGAACUACUGUAUGGGCGUUCCAGGGCUGAGCGGGAUCAAGAGCUUCGGUCAGUGCCUGGAUUCGGGCUGUCCUGCCUUUUGCCCGCGCGAUUUCCGGCCUGUCUGCGGCUCCGAUGGAGCUACCUACCCAAACGAGUGUGUACUCAAAGACAUGAGCUGUAGAACGGGUCGGUUGGUGAUCAAAGUAUCCGAUGGGCCCUGCGCUGAAGUCGACAAUGUUGACGUGGAGCUACUUGAAGUCGUAAAUCUCAAACAAGCUGGCAAGCCCGCCAAGAAGGGUAAAAAAGGCAAGAAAGGCAAAGGAAAGAAAGCUGGAAAAGGCAAAAAAGGCGGAAAAGGAGCCAAAGCACCAGCUAAAAGAAAGUGUGCCCACGUCGCUCAAGAUGCAGAAGUCUGCGGCUCAGAUGGAAUCACAUACCAGUCAGCAUGUCACCUAAAGCAGAAAAAUGAGGAAGGCCUCACAGAUGCUAUCCGAGCUUAUAAGGGAAAAUGUAGAGAAGAAGUGGAAGAGGAGGAAUCCGAGAGUAUGCAGAUGGAUGCUACCUACUACGAAGAAGAGGAAGAGGAAGAAAUUCUUCAAGGCGACAUCGGCCUUAAUAGCUUUUGUGGCUCAGAUUAUCAAACGUAUUACAAUGAGUGCGAGCUCCGAAAUGCCGCUUGCAGAAAACCUGAUCUCAAUAUUUCCAUAAUGGAAGAAGGUGAAUGCCCAUGUCCCGGAUUCAUGUGCCCACGAAUGUACAUGCCUGUCUGCGCUUCUGAUGGAAAUACAUAUGCCCAUCCCUGUCUUUUCAAAUCAGAAGCUUGCGCUUCUGGCACAGAAAUGGAGAUUCUAAGUGCUGGCGAAUGUCCCGAAGACAUGGCGCGGAUCGAGCUAAAAGGUGCCUUCUGUCCAUGCCCUCGAAUUCUCGCUCCUGUUUGUGGUGAAGAUGGCAAAGACUAUAGCAACGAAUGCGAGGCAGAAUGCAACGAUGUGGAAAUCAAGCAGCACUGCAGCUGCGAGUUCGACAGUUGCGCAACUAUGCUCGACGAUUUCAACAUGAUGUUCGGAGGUUUCUUCGAUGACGUCGAAGAAGAGACAGUAGAGGAAACCGAAGAGGAGGAAGAUGCCGAGCUCUGCUCAAAUCAGGCAGCACGAAACUGCAACGCCAGUUCAGGUGAAGUUUGCGGCUGGCGAGAAUCAGAUGGAUACCAGUUCUAUCGCAACCAUUGUGCCAUGGUCAGACAGACAUGCAGAGAUGACGACCCCGCAGUGCUUAAACAGGAACCAGUUUGCGUCAGAAAGCCAAAUGGAAACUACCGCGAGAUCCGUUCUAUGUGCCUCUUGAUGAAUAAAUUCCCAGACGCCGAAAUCGUCGACGAUUCUAAUUGUGGCCUUGGAGCAAAUGGAUUCUGGGGCUAA